UCAAUUUAGAUGCUAAGUUCGUCGUUAGUAGUGUCGACGUCGAUGCACUCAGUUAUGUCAAAUCUGACCACACUGAUGUUGGUGUAUCAUUUUAUCUAUCUGUAAGCAGAAAGUUACACUUUCUAUAUUUAUUCUUCGAUGAAUAUGUCUGCGCAACCACCUGUACCACCCAAAACUAUUUGGAAACCUGGUAAGGUCAAAGUUGUGCGAGCAUUAUAUAAAUACACAGCACAAAAUGCAGAUGAAAUAUCCUUUGAUGAAGGUGAACUUCUUUAUGUUUAUGAUAAAAAUGUUGAGCCAAAUUGGUGGAAAGCAAAGUGUGGUGAUCAAGAUGGUCUUGUACCUGCCAAUUAUGUUGAAGAACAAACUGAAGAAAUUGAAUUACCAUUGCAUGAUGCUGCAAGGCGGGGAAAUCUUUCAUUAUUGAAGGAAUACAUAAAGCAAGGAGUUUUGGGUACAAGUUUAGAUGCAAUGGGUAACACUUCACUGUAUUGGGCUGCGCGUGCUGGUCAUUUAGAUUGUGUAAAGGAACUCUUAAAUGUAUCAAAUCCAAUAGUUAAUGCUCAAAAUAAAAUGGGCGAAACACCAUUGCAUGUGGCAGCAAGUCGUGGGCAUGUAGAUAUAGUAAAUCUAUUAUUGCAACAUGGUGCAAAUCCAGCAAUAAAAAAUAAUGAUAAUUUAGUUGCCGAACAAUUAUCUUCUGAUCUCUCAAUUAAAAAUAUGAUACAAUUGAGUCAACGCCAUUUUGACAAAACUUAUGGUUAUACGGAUGAUGAUUAUAAUGAUGACAGUGAUUAAGGUGAUACAUAUUUUCCUUCAACCUAUGGAUUGUGAUUAUUAUGACCAAAUAGUAUUAUAGGUUGUGCAUGCACUCUGUGCAAUGUUUUAGUCAGCCAACUCAUUAGGCUUUCAAGAGUAUCGGACAAUGUUCCAAGUUCUUCUUUUUCUGUUAAAAUUAGGUUACCUACUUCCCAC